AUGGGGAUUGGAGCCAACACCCUUGAGGAGCAGCAAAGGCGAAUUGUGGCCCUGAAAUGCCUUCAGGAAAGCCACAAGCAGACCUGCCUGCUCCUCUCCUACCGAGUGGACUGCUAUAAGGGGGUGACCGGCACCAUCUACGAGUACGGCGCCCUCACGCUCAACGGCGAGGAGUACAUCCAGUUCAGGCAGUUCGCGGGCAAGCACGUGCUCUUCGUCAACGUGGCCACGUACUGAGGCUUGACGCCGCAGUAUGUGGAGCUGAAUGCACUACAGGAGCAGCUGAAGCCUUUCGGUGUCGUGGUGCUGGGCUUUCCCUGCAACCAGUUUGGAAAACAGGAACCAGGAAAGAACUCAGAGAUCCUCUCUGGGCUCAAGUAUGUGCGUCCCGGUGGGGGCUUUGUCCCCAAUUUUCAGCUCUUUGAGAAAGGGGAUGUGAAUGGGGACAAAGAACAGAAGGUCUUCACCUUCCUAAAGAAUUCCUGCCCUCCCACUUCGGACUUGUUGGGCUCGUCAGACCGGCUCUUCUGGGAGCCCAUGAGGGUCCACGACAUCCGCUGGAACUUCGAGAAGUUCUUGGUGGGGCCCAACGGCGUGCCUGUCAUGCGCUGGUUCCACCAAGCUCCGGUCAGCUCUGUCAAGUCCGACAUCCUCGAGUUCCUGAAGCUGUCUAGCUGAGCGGCCCCGGCCGGGCAGCGGCAGCCGGCCUGCCCCCUCCUGGACAUCACGCUUAGACGGUCCGGCUCUGUUCCCCGUGCCCUCCUGCCCAGCCUCUCCGAGACCAACCCAUACUGUAAUGCCCAAGCAGGUGUGUGUGCACACGUGUGUGCGUGUGCACGUGUGCAGGUGUCUUUGAACAUCGGGGAACAAAAGCUUAUUUCCCCAACUUCCUGAUCACAAAACGCCAAGUUUUCCCCUACCCUAUUCCGAAGGAAAAUCCUGGAAGGGAGAUGGUUCCCUCCCUGGAAAGGCCCCCCCCGCCCCCCUCCCCCCCCCCCGGCCCUGACAUCCACCUGUCCUCCGUCCUGAAGGUGAAAGCAAGCAGGGCCUGGCAACGGGCCUCUCAGAACCCCGUUCGCAGCCUCUUGUGUCCAGCGGAGGCCAUCUGGGCAGCUCCCUCCCCAGCUAGUGCUGCUCUUCCUAACGCCCUUGAUCUCUGCUAGGCUCGCUGAAGACAGGGUGAGACCAGAACCCUCGCCUCGCCCGAAGGAGGGGCGUCUCCAUGAUGGGGGGUCCCAAAGCCCCCUGGGUCAGACCCUACCAGAGCCUCCCUGUGCCGGGCCCUUGGGUGCAUUCAGGCCACGGCACGUGGGCAGGGAUGUCCCCUCCUUCUGACCGAUGGGAUUUCUCCUCACCCUGCGUCUCCCCAGCUUUGAACUCAUCACAGCCUCAAAUUAAAAUUGUCUGCAGCGAC